GCGGAGGUGGAGGUGGAAGAGGGGGUUUCGGUGACAGAGGACGAGGAGGUCCUAGGGGUGGCCGAGGAGCUCCGCGUGGCUCCAGCAGAGGCGGCGCACGUGGCGGACGCGGCAGAGGUGGUAUGGGCGCAAAGGGCGGCCAGAGAGUGGUCAUUGAACCCCACAGACAUCCAGGCGUUUUCGUAGCGCGCGGCAAGGAAGAUCUUCUGGUAACGAAGAACCUCACUCCAGGUGAAGCAGUCUAUGGCGAGAAGCGCAUCAGCGUCGAGACACCAACAGCAGUCUCUGGCGACGGUGCAGUCAACGGCGAUACCGCACCGGUCGCCACCAAGACCGAGUACCGUGUCUGGAAUCCCUUCCGCUCCAAGCUCGCAGCCGGCAUCCUCGGUGGUCUUGAAGACAUUCACAUGAAACCCGGCAGCAAAGUCCUAUACCUAGGUGCUGCGUCUGGAACCUCGGUAUCGCAUGUUGCGGACAUUGUCGGACCUACAGGUACUGUCUUUGCCGUGGAGUUCUCGCACCGCUCUGGACGAGACCUCAUCAACAUGGCUACGCAUCGCACCAACGUCAUACCCAUCAUCGAAGACGCACGGCACCCGCUCAAGUACCGCAUGCUCGUCAGCAUGGUCGACUGCAUCUUCGCUGACGUCGCACAGCCGGAUCAGGCGCGCAUUGUGGGGCUUAAUGCGCAUCAGUUUCUCAAAGUCGGUGGUGGCGUGGUUGUGUCGAUCAAGGCAAACUGCAUUGACUCGACUGCCGCCCCCGAAGCUGUGUUUGCAAGAGAAGUGGUCAAGCUACGCGAGGAGAGGAUCAAGCCGAAAGAGCAGUUGACGCUAGAGCCAUUUGAGAGAGACCAUGCUAUGGUUGUGGGUGUGUAUCAGCGCAGCAGCUCAUGAAGUCAUGGUUUGGCGGUUGCAGAUGUAUGAUGUAGCACGAGGCGUUGUUGGCGCAAGGGCGUCCGGCAGAGGAUCCUUUCCUAACU